GUGUUCGCCGGCGACAGAGUCUUUGAGUUUGACGCCAAGACGAGAGGCGCCUCUUAUUUGGAGAUCCAUGAGAAAGGAGGCGGUAUUUAUUAUACCGUUUCUCAGACACAGUCCGCAUCCGAAGACCGACUUUUAGAUCUACUUUUGGCCAGAAUUAAAGAUAUGAUGUCUUGUGGAACCACUUUAUUGGAAUGCAAAUCGGGCUAUGGUUUAGAUUUAGAGACCGAAACCAAAAUGUUAACUGUUAUUGAAAGAGCCAAACAGUUGUCACCAAUGGAUCUGGUGAUUACAUUUCUGGGCGCACAUGCAGUUCCCACUGGAAUGUCUGCUGAAGAAGGCGUUGAAUCGGUUAUAGAAAUGAUGAAAAAAUUCAAGAAUAAUCCGAAUUUGAACAUUGAGUUCGUGGAUGUCUUCUGCGAAAAAGGCGUUUAUGACGUGAAACAAAGUGAACACAUCUUGAAUGCGGGCAAAGAAUUGCUGAACGCUUUGCCAGCAUUUCAUGGCGAAGAACUCAAUCAUUUGGGUUCCGCUGAGAUGGGCGCCAGAGUUAAGGCCCGAUCUGUCAGUCAUCUGGAAUUCAUAGGCGAAGAGGGAAUAAAAGCACUUUCAAGCCAUGAAAUUGUGGCCAUUGUUUGUCCGACAACUCUAUAUCUAUUGAAACUACAGUCGCCUCCCGUCCGCAAAAUGAUUGACAAUAAUGUGAUUAUAGCCGUCGGUUCUGAUUUCAAUCCAAACGCAAUGUUUUGUCCGACAACUCUAUAUCUAUUGAAACUACAGUCGCCUCCCGUCCGCAAAAUGAUUGACAAUAAUGUGAUUAUAGCCGUCGGUUCUGAUUUCAAUCCAAACGCAAUGUGCUAUUCCCUUCCGAUGGCAAUGAAUUUAAGUUGUGGACUGACUCUCAAUGAGUCGUUGACGGCCACCACUAUUAAUGCGGCGUUUGCUUUGAAUCGAUGGCAAACACACGGCUCUCUAGAAGUGGGAAAAGUUGGCGAUGUGGUGGUCAUCGAUGCACCCGAUUGGAGACAUAUUGUCUAUGAAUUUGGAAACACCGGUAAACUUAUUAAACAUGUUAUUAAAAGUGGAAACUUAAUAAAAUGA